UGAACUCCAUGAGUGCCUUUUAAGGAGCAGAUAAUUCUCCUCCACCUGGAUCUUGUCAUAUGAGGAGAUGAUCAGCGUCGCUUGUACUACAGCUGUGUGCCAUUACAUCAACAUCACAGUCAGACUGUUUCAAAAGAAAUACAGUCACCCUGCUACUGUAAUAAAGAGCGGCCCCCUCCAUUAGCAGCCAUGUGUAGUGGGAGAGAUCCUCCCUCAGCAGCCAUCAUGCCUCUGAGAGCCACUCAGACACAGCAGCGGCUAAAUGGGAGAAGAACCAGGAGGAUGGAAAGGGCCAACACAGGACAAAGCUCCAAAAAGCUGGCCAUCAUCUCCCGAUCUCUCCUUAUCUGCAGCUCCAGGAGCAGCGAUGACACCUCUAGCCCAGAAGAGAGGUAUGGAUACGAGAACUGGAAAGAAGGGUACCAAGGAGACCCUCUGGAGGCCAACACUGGACAUCUGGAAAUGAAUUUUAGCAGGAGUGUUAGCCUACAGGGAUCAAAGUGGAGUGAGGAUGCCAAGAAGAACUUAAGGAGGUCAUUUUCCAUCAAGGAAAGCAGUUUCUGGAGAAUGUGCAUUGCCACCAGGGAGGAGUGCGGGCCGCUCAGACCUCAAGUGGCUGAUAACGACCUCCAGACUGGUGACAAUAUAGUCACUGUGCGAAACGGAGGCCAAUUACACAGGGACACUUACAUCCACUAUGGUGAGAGGCCGGCCCCAUUUAAUGGGCAGGUUUUAAAUGGCCACACAAAACUCGAGUCAGAGAAACAAUCAGCAAUGAGAACUAACCCCAGAACAGCUAGUGCUGAGGUUUUCAGCUCAUGUGAAAACAAUGGGCUACUACUUAAUAUUAAUUCAGCAGACUCUGUGACCUACAGGAAGGAAGUAUUUGGAAACAAUUGUAACUUAAAGAAGCCCAUUAUAGAAGUAACGGAGGUCAACAAAAACUGUGAGACAGAAGUUACUGAAGAGACAGCUUGCAUGAGGAAUCGUUCCAACUCUACGAGUGUUCACCCAUACUGGAUUGGAGAUUUGGAUGCCAUCAUUAUGAAAACACAAGCACUGUUUCCCUGUCAUGUUCACACUGCCACUGGACUUUACGGAAACAGGAAGUCUCUUUCUCAACAACUGGAGUUUCCUCCCAGCGUUCCACAGGCUGUGCCAAGACCUUCUCGCUCACUCAGUUCAGCACAUCUGGUCCAUUCCAGCAGCAGUGUUCAGGCCUUCAUCAUCUGUAAUAUAGUCUUAAUGAAGGCACCUGGCAAGGGUCUAGGUUUCAGUAUAGUAGGAGGCAGGGACAGCAUGUAUGGUCCAAUGGGAAUCUAUGUAAAGACCAUUUUUCCUGGUGGAGCAGCUGCAGCAGAUGGACGUCUGCAGGAAGGAGAUGAGAUUCUGGAGCUGAAUGGAGAGUCUCUGCAUGGUCUUACUCAUGAAGAUGCCUUACAGAAGUUUAAACAAGUGAAGAAAGGUCUGCUGACGCUGGUGGUAAGGACCAGGUUGGGUGCUGUAGUUGGCAGUCAGACUCAGGUGGCCCAGCUAUGCCGCUCCAAGUCUCUGAGCUCCACCACAGGUAUCAGCAGAGCCAGUGAUGAGCUGGCUGAAUUCCCAAACUUGACCACUCAUGCCAAGCCUAGAGACCGCAUCAUGAUGGAAAUCACGCUGCAGAAGGAGGUUGGUGUGGGCCUUGGUAUUGGGUUGUGCUGCGUUCCGUCUGCUGAAGGUGGUUCUGGCAUCUACAUUCACACAUUGUCACCAGGUUCAGUGGCACACAUGGAUGGGCGCUUGAGAUGUGGAGAUGAGAUUGUCGAGAUUAAUGACACCGUGGUUUGCAACAUGACACUCAAUGAUGUGUACACAGUUCUGAGUCACUGCAGCCCAGGACCAAUUCAGCUCAUCAUCAGUCGACACCCUGACCCUAAAGUUUCUGAACAGCAGCUGAAUGAAGCCAUUGCUCAGGCAGUAGAGAACAGCAAACUGAAGAGAGACAAGAGUCAUUGGAGUAUGGAGGGUCUGAGGAGGUUGGAGCCAUGUUCACACAACAGGACAAAGUGUGAGCGCUGUAUGGAGCGAAGCCACAGCCAGAUGAGCUGCAGGCGACCCCAGAAGCCCAUGAUCCGUUCCUGUAGUGAGGGUGCAUACAACCAGCGCAGUGCCCUAACCAGUGUCAACAUGCUGCCCACCCCCCAACAUCAGAACGUCACCCGUGUACAUAGCCUGGACGCCUCCAUAACAGCCAACUGUAAGGUUCAGACCAGCGGCAGGCCAUCUCCGAUUUCAUAUGCGAAUGAUGACUACAAUGUGCCCUACAACUCUCAAAUGAACUUUGUCAGUCAUGAGAGGUUUGAUGUAGGUUUCGGGAGAACAAGGGGUUUUAAGGGUAGGCCUCGUUCUCUACCACGAAGGUACUGUAGACCGCAGGGUGUCACCAAUGAGGAGGCACUAACCGACUCGAGUGGCUCUAGUGGAGGUUCACCAGUGAAAGAGGAGGAUCCGUUGCCUUCACAAAGCUGCCAAGAAGCGGAUGAGCUUUCAGAAGAAGCUAAAGCAGCAUUCUCUGAACCGCUUGCUGCUCGUACAACUGAAAACAUACACAGGGAGGGCAGACAAUACAGAGACUAUCAGUCUCCCAACCACCUGUGCAGUCCAACAAGGAAAACCAGUCUGAGACAUCAGGAUUGUGUGGAGUUGAACCCUAAUCUGCAAGUUGACCCUUGGGUGAGGCUAACAGACAGUCUUGAGAAACGCCUGAACCAUCGAAAAAUCAUGAGUGACCAUAAUGGGAAUAAUGAGAUAAAUGGCACAGUCUCAGAGGCCACAGACCCCAUCUCUAGCUCAAAGCCAGAGGAAACUGCUGAUGCUAAAAAAGGGCCCCCAGUGGCUCCAAAACCUGCGUGGAUACGCCAAAGUCUUAGAAGCAUUAAGUCUGGGAGGGCACCGGCUGAGGCCUUUAAAAAUUCAGAGAUUCGAAGUCAAGAUACUGGAAGGACCUUUGGAGUUAGUCUGAGGGCCACUUCAUCAGCAGCAAAUCUAUCUUUCAAACAAAAGCUCAGCUCAUUUGAGACCUUUUCUAACACUGAUGGAGCAGAGAGGGCAAGCAGAAGACUGGCUCCAUCCUCAUCACUUCCUCAGAUGGAAAAAACUCCAGCUAGGUUUGAGAAAACACAGCCUGUAGAGACCAGCAACACAUGGAAAAGUAAAACCACUGUGAUUAACACACAGGACAGUGACAAACCAUCUUCAGUGGUAAAUUCAGCCACUACCACUGAAGCAUUUUCUGAAGAAGAGCAAGCAACCUCUAAAAAAACAGAUUUCCAAAACGAGAUCCCAAAAACAGAUGAUACAACUGUAGCCACAAAUCUGACUGAGGAUUCUGCAAGUCCUCUAGUAGAGAUUCUUUCUUCUUUGGAGGAUGAGAAAGAAACAAGUCGUGCUCAGCAAGAUGAGGAAACAAGUUCUACUCAAAAAGAUGAGGAGGAAACAAGUCUUGCUCAGAAAGAUGAUGAGGAAACAAGUCUUGCUCAGAAAGAUGAUGAGGAAACAAGUCCUGCUCAGGAAGGCUCACCCCCUCUUGAUCACUGCCCUAGAAGGUCCAGCAGUUCUAAAGAUCCUCCUUCACAAAAUAUAUCUUCAGUGGAGGGCCAUAGCAGUCACACUGCAAGCUUAAGAACCAGGAGUCUACCCCUGAAUGCCUCCUCUUUCUCGGAUGCCCACGGCCAAGGUGGUCUGGAAGGGGAAACCCUUAAGAUCAUCCUGUCAUUCAGCAACCAAGUGUCCCAUGCCCUGAUGCGUUCCAUGCAAUCCCUUCCUCAGUCCCCAUGCCUAAAGCUUGGUAACCCAUGGAGUGUGCCAUCUGAAUCCCCUCACCAUAAUACCACAGAGGAGGACAUUUCUUCAACUGACAUGGCACCAGACAGCACUGAGAAGGGCUUCUCUGUGAGCCUGGCCGAGCUGAGAGAGUGCACUAUUGAGAGAGGAGAAGAGAGUGAGAAGGCUGACAGCGCAUCUGAACGACCUCUCACCACACCCUCUGCAGUGUGUGCCCAGUCUGUGAUCUCAGCACUUCCACCUCAGGAGAUUCAGCGGCUGAUCCAGGAGGUCAAGGAUCUUGAUGAGGACACCCUAAAGCAACUGGAAGACAUCCAUGUAGUAAUUCUGCACAAGGAGGAGGGAGCUGGCUUGGGUUUCACUAUUGCUGGUGGUAUCGAUCAGAACAAAGCAACUACAGUUCACAAAAUCUUUUCCCAUGGCUUAGCUGCUCUGGAGGGCACCAUCGAGAAAGGAGACGAGGUGCUGUCUAUCAACGGACAGACAUUGAAGAAUGUGAAGCACAGCGAAGCUACAGCAGCACUCCGGCAGGCGCGUGAACUGAAGCAGGCAGUGGUGGUGGUAUGCAAGAAUAAAGAGGCAGAGAGUAGCAUAGAUGCGAACACUACCGAAGCCAGCUGCAGUAUUGGCUCAGAGCACAGUGUCACAGAUGAGAGUGGAGACGUCCUGACUCUAGAUUUGGAGAAAAAUGCAGGUGGAGUGGGUUUUGGGCUGGAGGGAGGAAAAGGCUCUAUUCAUGGAGACAAACCUUUGGCCAUCAGCAGAAUCUACACAGGCAGUACAGCAGAGCACAAGGGCCUACAUGUUGGUGAUGAGCUGCUGCAGGUCCAGGACUUCACAAUGCAAGGCCUUUCACGUCUCGAUGCUUUAACUGUGCUCAAAGGCCUUCCUGAUGGAUCAUUCACAGCCAUUGUGAGGAGAAAGAAAGCUGAACAGAGCUAAAUUCUGAAAGUACACCCAGAUAGCUUGAAAAGUGUGAAAGUUUGAAGUCUGAAUUUUAGGAAACAUAAUCUUAGACACUUUCAGUGGCAAAUUCCAAAUGGUCAUUUCAUGCAAUUUUAAUGUCAGGAUUAUAUUUAUGUAGAUAGGGAUUAUUACUGAAAAUAUCUUGAAUAUAGUAAAAUAUACUGUAUGUAGUAUUUCCUGUUAUACGAUUACAGUAAACCCAUUUCAAGAUUAUUAAACCGAUUUCUAGAUAUAUUUGACGAAUUUCAAGCUUGAAGUUAUCUUGUUUUAUUGGCAGAUAAUUUUGCUAAUUUAAAGUACUUAUUUUGAAAAGACAAAAUUAUCUGCCAAUAGAAUAAAAAAGAUUAAAGCUUGAAAUGAGAAAAAUGUCUACAAAUAGGUUUAAUGAUGUUAUAUUUGUUUUAUUGUAAAUUUAUAAAAGGAAAUACUAGAUAAAUUGAGCUAAAUUCAAAAUAUUGUCACUUACUAAGAUGCAAUUUUUUGUAGCGCUCCAAUGCAUUACAUCAGAACACACAGUUAGUGACUGUUGAAACCUUUAAGGAAACAGCAUGCAGAGUUGUGAUUUUGAUGCAGCAACCAGGUUUUGCAUAAAACAACGGAAACAACGAAGGAUACAGGAAGUUGGUGGUCAAAUGUAGUGAGCUAAUUUUCAUAUUCAGUGCAUCACACUGUGAGAUUUUAGUCUGUCUUGACUGUAAGUCUGAAAGCAGGUGAUUCAUGAAAAUCUUAUCAGUAUUCAUCUGUCCAAACAUGGCCCAUUUUGAACUUUAAAUAUUAGCUAUUCAGAACAAUUAUCUAAGCAUCUUUGAACAACCCAUCUGACCAAGACUCCAAUUCACAUUUAAAAAUUACAUGUGGAGACUAAACCCCAACUAUACUACUCCACUUCCUAUAUAUAUUGAUAUUGAUUUUGAUUAACUGCGAAUUAAGCAUUUCUCAGGUUUGAUAAAAUUGUAAGCUCAAAUUUGCAGACACAAAUUUGCAUGGCUAGAUACAAGUUUGAUCAUACAUAUAAUCCAGAGAUGAAAUUGAUGAAUAAGGAAACUGUUAGCAUUUGGGAAUGCACGUUUUAGAAUCAGAUUUGAGCAAAUGCAAUGUUGAUGAAUAAGUGCCAUUGUGUUUUCCUGUAUAUUGUUAAUGUGUUGGGGGGCAUGGUGGCUUAGUGGUUAGCAUGUUUGACUCGCACCUCUAGAGUUUGAGGUUUUAUUCCCACCACCACCUUGUGUGCAUGGAGUUUGCAUGUUCUUCCCGUGCUUCAGGGGUUUCAAGAUUCAAGAUCCUCCAGGUACUCCUGUUUCUUCCCCCAGUCUAAAGACAUGUGUUGUAGACUGAUUGGCACUUCCUAAAUUGUCUGUAGUGUGUAUGAGUGUGUGCACGAUUGUGCCCUGCAUGGCAUGGAUGGACGGAUGGAUGUUAAUGUGUUUCCAUCAAGGUUGUUGUGUUAGGCCACAUUUACUGCUUUUCAUCAGACACCCAGCUCUUGUCACUGAGAACAUUGAGAACACUGGGCUGAUGGACAAUGACUACUCUGGCAUAACCAGUUAGCCAAUAAGAUACAGUCUGUUACAAGUUUCAAACAUGCCUACAACAAACCAGCAAAGCCUAUCAGUGCAUUUUCUAAAGGAUACCAAUGUAUCCAUGUGAAAGAAGCCAUAAAGUACUGUGCUCACCGAACUACAGGGGAUAGAAAAGAGGAGUAUUAUAGGAAUUAAUCGUUUAUCAAUUUUUGCAUCAAUAACUAGCCUCAUCCUAGACUAAGAAAACAGUCUAUAGAGAAAUGACACUUCUACAUGAAUUAGUCCAAAGUUGAGAUUAAUACGCGUCCAAACACGGUUAAUUUUAACAUUUAGAUAUUGCCUAUUUGUCUUUUCAGAUGUUUCACAAGCUCUUACUGGUGUUAAUUUAAAAAAAUAAUAAUUGUAAAUAAUGAUUCCGAAAUUUAGCUACAUAAAAACAGUGUAACAGAAUUACGUUUCUUUGUUUGCUGAUGCAUAGAAAUAUGGCCUUUGUACGGUUGCACUAACAUGGUCAGGGAUUCCCAGGAACUUGACUGUACUCAAGUUUGCCUGUUUUGUUAAGAUUUGCACAAACACUGUACAGUAAGAUAUAUACAAACAUAUUUCUAUGGAAACUAAACAAGAGUAUUUGAACAGAUUCUUAGUGGAGUAGAUUUUGAGCUAACAAUAAUACAAUGUUUUAACAUUUGCUUGCAAGAACCAAAGAUAGGAGACUUUUUUAAUGGCCUGCCUUUACAUUUGAUGUUUUAUGACCAUAUAGGCUUUGUGCCUGAUUACAAAAAUUGUCAUUUUAUUUAUUUAAGUUCUUAAAAGAAAAAGUACAUCCAAUUAUAUUAGAAUUGAAAAAAGUUCACAUUAAAGAUCAGAUGCUGUUAAUUUUUUGUCUUUGUACAGAAUAACUAAUAAUAUAUCAGAAAGCCCUGUUUAUAUUGUAAAAUGUCAUUGCAUACUCCCCCCCCCCCCACCCAAAAAAAAAAAAUAUAUACCCUAAUAAAAUAAUUAACUACAAA